CACAUUCCCACAAUCGCUCAUCCUUCGUCUGGAAUAUGGCCCCACCACUCCGCAACAACCCAUAUGCACUCUUGAAAAAUAUAGAUAGACUGCAUGCUGCUGGUCGCAUACACUCACUCCCUCCAUGGUAUGACGCUGUCAGACGGCAUCCUCCCGCUACAUUUAUUCCAAAGGGAGCAACUCCCACAGAGACGGGCGCAUUCGCUCUAGACUCGCACAUUCAGAGAGGAUCGGCUCGUCAGAAUCCUCUCACCUACAGGCCGCACUAUGUCUCCAAGCCAGCUGUUAUUGUCUAUCCAGAAGACGAGAUUCGCGCUGCGUUUUACAGAUGGCAUCCUCUCGAACUCGCAAGGCCAAUUAGUCUCGUCAGAGGGGAAGAGGAUUUAAAGGAGCGGGAUUGGAAGGAUAUCUAUGGAGGGAGACCCGAUCUCGACGUGACGGGUGAGAGUGUCGUUCAACAUACACUCUACCUCAUGACGCACAAGAAUCAAUCCCGCCACACUGCCUACCAAAAUGCUCUUUCCGCCUUUUACAAGGCCCGUGUUGAAAUCGAAGAGCGUGAACGCGCUGCUCAACAAGCGGCUCAAAAGGCAGCACUAGAAGAACUUUUAGCGGACGAGGAGGAGGAUCUCGACGACAAGCAACGCGCAGUUGCAGAAUUUUGGUCCACCCGUCCUCUCACAAAACAAUUUGUCGACUGGGAAAUGGACGAGUUGCAAAAGAGUCAAAUGUGGGAGGGCAAGAUUGCCGAUGCCAAACAAGCAAGAAGGGAUCUUCAGCUCAAGAUGGAGCAGUUUGAAAAGAGACAUUUGGAGAGUGACAAGACGGAUUUGUUGGCUUGACGUGUGUCCUUUUUAGAUUGAGGAGUGCUGCCCCGUGUACAUGUAUCUGCGCAUGCGUGUGUGGGUGUAUGUGGGCAUGGGCGGAACGGAGGUGCUUGGGUGCCAUAGAUGGCUGAAUGGGGCGCGGAUGCGUCGAUGCGGGGGGUCAGACCUGGGCGUCCUGCGCACGUCCGUUAUUGUCUGACACGACCCACUGGACGCAACGUGCUGUGGCAUGCUGUAUUUAUCUUUAUAUAUUUUACCUAUUCAAAGACUUGCGAGUUUUGCCAUAAACGGUCUUGC